UACAACCUACAACCCAGGGGCGGACUCACCAUUUGGAAACUGGGGCACUGCCCGAGGGCCCAAGGUCAGUAGGGGGCGCCAUGAGAUUCCCCUGGUACCUUUUUCAUAGGCUUUUUUUAGUUUGGGCAAGGACACAGGGGCCCCAUGAUCCCUUAUUGCCCGGGGGCCCCAUGAGUUGUCAGUCAGUUCUAGUAGAUUUUCAUUUGAUGAUUUUUCCUAAAGCUUAUUGCAGUGGGACAGCCCCUGCACUGCAAGAGUUAGAUGCU